CUGAAUCGUGACAUCGCACUUCCUAAAUGCAAUAAACUCUGCAGUCUUGUAGGAACCUUAUAUGUGUUCUCCGCCUUCAGCUUAUUCAACUCUUUUUCUAAUUAUACACGCUUCAUAUCACCAAUCGAUAUAUAUGUUUUAGACGAGCUUAGCUGGCACCCUGCGGGUUGCCUUUUGCUGAGCGAAAUGAAUACACACGAACUUGGCAUUGCACUUGAUUCACGACCGAAAUGGAAAGAUGUACGGAUUUUGAUCGCUUUAUUACAAGUAUUCCGUGAAAACGCGAUACACAUACAUAUGGAUAGUCCAAUUGUUGAACUGCUCGUAAAAGAUGUGAACACAAAGAAAAUCAACGCAUUGUUAUUGUUCUUCAGUCAAAAUCGUAAAUGUGAUGCGGAUUUCACUUGUGAAGAGACGACCAUCGCGCCUAUGACGAAAAGCCAACUGCCGCUUGGCCCCAUGUUUCCAGCGUUGAAACAGUUCAUCGUUACCAGUAAUCCUCAACAACUCACUCAUCUGUCUCGACUCAUUCACUACGCUGUAGCAGUUGAUAUGAUUUACCAAAAGAAGGAGAUAGAUCUCGUAUGUUUACAGGUGGUUUUGGGCGAAAGUUGGUGUCGAUCAAAGCAACGUCUGUUUCGGCAUGUGAACUCUUUCAAGCAAUGGUCAGACGCAAGUUCAUUGGGUGUGCGAUAUCUUCAACAAUUUCACGGUGCAGAAAAACGACGAGGCAAACCCAAGUGCUGA